UGGGCUCGGAACGCGCGGGACUCGGCAGCCUGCUUGGAGAGCCGCGCGGGGAAUCGCGCCGGAACCACCGGGUGCGCCCAAACCAUCGAGGCUGUGGAACCGGGGAAGGAGGCACCGCCGUCGCUAUCGCUAGGUCUCGCCUGGAGGAAGCCCAGCCAGCCGUGAGCCAUGAGCCACCGGGCCCCGGGAGCCCGGCCGCGGUCCGGGCAGCGCUCUCCCGGCGCCCCGGCCCGAGCGGCCGCAGCUGCGCGCCUGUAGCUGCAGGGGGCUACGAUGGGAGCGGAGCCAUGAAUGGUGCGAGCCCCGGCGGCGCCCGCAGCCCGGCCCGGGUGCCCGACUGGCGGCAGUUCUGCGAGCUGCAGGCGCAGGCGGCCGCCGCGGACUUCGCGCUCGAGUUCUGCCGCUUCCUGCGAGACCACCCGGCCCACGACGGCCCGGACGCGGGCGCCGCCUUCGCGCGCCACUUCGCCCGGAGCUUCCUGGACGCGUUCGGCGCGGAGGUGCGACGCGUGCGGGGCGGCGCGGGCGAGGAGGCGGCGGCGGAGGAGGAGGAGGCGGGCGCGCCAGAGCCGCUCCGGGCGCGCGGCCGCUGGCGCAGCUCCGAGGACCUGGCGGACGGGGCGGACGCGGCGGCUCCCCGCGCCCGCGGGCGCAAGGGCUUCUCGCUGCGCCACCUCGGGCUGUGCGUGGCGGACGGCGUGCGCGACCUGUGGCACCGGCGCUCCGAGCCCGACGCGGGGCUCCCGGAGCCCCGGGAGCGCGGCGAGCGGCGGGCGCGGCGGCUGCGGCUGCCCCGCGCUUUGGCCGGCAGGGCGGAGCCGGCGGACGUGCAGCGCGAGGGCGCACUGCGCUUCAUGGUGGCCGACGACGCGGGACCCGGCGCGGCGCAGUGGCACCGCUGCCGCCUGCUGCUGCGCAGGGCGGGCGCCGCCGCUGGGGAGCGCUUCCGCCUCGAGUUCUUCGUGCCGCCCAAGGCCUCCAGGCCAAAGGUGAGCAUCCCCUUGUCAGCCAUCAUGGAGGUGCGGACCACCAUGCCCCUGGAGAUGCCUGAGAAGGACAACACAUUUGUGCUCAAGGUGGAGAAUGGAGCUGAGUACAUCCUGGAGACCAUUGACUCUCUGCAGAAGCACUCAUGGGUGGCUGACAUCCAGGGCUGCGUGGAUCCUGGGGACUGUGAGGAAGACACCGAGGUGGCCUGUGCCCAGGGAGGCUGCCUGGCCAGCCGCGUGGCCUCCUGCAGCUGCGAGCUCCUGACAGAAGACACGCCCCGGCCCCCAGAGACGACGGCAGCCAUGGGUGCUGUGGUGACUGCCCCACACAGCCGGACCCGAGACACGAUGGGAGAGUCCCUGCUCCACGUCCCACUACAGACCUUCCUGCAGACCCUGCAGUCCCCAGGCGGCAGCGGCAGCCAUGACAGCAGUGCAGGAGAGGAAGGCACAGAGCCGGACCCCGAGGCUGAGCCGGGCCUGGAGCUCUCCGACUACCCCUGGUUCCACGGGACCCUGUCACGGGUCAAGGCUGCUCAGCUGGUACUGGCUGGGGGGCCCCGGAGCCACGGCCUCUUCGUAAUCCGCCAAAGUGAGACGCGGCCUGGGGAGUACGUGCUGACCUUCAACUUCCAGGGCAAGGCCAAGCACCUGCGUCUGUCGCUGAAUGGCCACGGCCAGUGCCAUGUGCAACACCUAUGGUUCCAGUCCGUGCUUGACAUGCUCCGCCACUUCCAUACCCACCCCAUCCCACUGGAGUCUGGGGGCUCGGCUGACAUCACUCUGCGCAGCUAUGUACGGGCCCAGGGGCCAUUACCUGACCCCGGGCCGUCGCCCAGCGUCGCGCCCGCGGCCCCCACCUGCUGGGCCGAGCCUGCGGGCCAGCACUACUUCUCCAGCCUGGCCGCGGCCGCCUGCCCGCCCGCCUCGCCCUCGGAGACCCCCGGAGCCUCCUCCUCGUCCACCUCGUCGGCCUCCACCGCCUCCGUGCCCGCGCCCCCGCGCGCCGCCGAGGGUCCACUCAGCUCGCGCAGCCGCAGCAACAGCGCCGAGCGCCUGCUGGAGGCCGCGGCUGGAGCUAGCGAGGAGCCCGCGGAGGGAGCGCCGGGCCGUGCGCGCGCCGUGGAGAACCAGUACUCCUUCUACUAGGGCCCGCGCGGCUCGGCCCGCCGGCCUCGGACGGGCUGCGCCCAUAGGCAGCACUGCCCGCCUGUCUGUGGUGGGCCACGCCCGACCUGUGCGCCGGCCGGCCUACCCCUGGCGGGCCGUGCCCCAUUGGCCGCAUGGCCUGCCUAUCUGCGUCAGGCAACGCCCAUUGGCCGCAUGGCCUGCCUGUCUGCGGUAGGCUGCGCCUGAUCGGCAUCUUGGUCCGCCCACUCACGGCGGGCCACGCCCAUAAGCCCCAGCCUCUGGUUGUGGUAAAAGGGAAGCUCUUCAGUGAAGAUAAAUGUUUAUUAAAGAGCCUGUUUU